GCCUUAUAAAGCACGAAUAUUUCUACAUGUAGUCUUUCAUAAGGCAAUUGACGACGUACAAUUAUUCCCCUAAGAAAUAGUCAAGCUGGAUCGUUCGUUGGAUGCGCAUGCUCGCUGAAUCAAUCCAGAAUGACAAAAGCAUCGAUACCGUUACUCCUCGUCCUGACGAUUUGCCAGGCGAAUCUUCUCCUUGGAAAUUCGCUCGGUGCCCAGGCGGACAAUUCGAACGAGCUGGAUUAUAGACUGCCAGAAGAUGCCGUACCAUCCGUAUACGAACUAAAUCUUGAACCUGACCUGAAGAAAUUUACUUUCACGGGGACAGCAAAAAUCACGAUUGUCGUGAAGGCCGGUACCACGAGAUUGACGCUCAACGCAAAGAAUCUCAACGUUACCGAGAAAGACGUUAGCUUGUCUCCAGUGAAUAGCUCUUCAGUAAUCACAGCAACCAAAGUGGAACUAAAAGAGAAACAAGAAUUUUUAGUUAUCAGUGUAAAAGAUUCUCUCAAUGGGACAUACGUGCUUACCAUCAAUUACACCGGUGAAUUGAACGACAAAGCAAGGGGAUUCUACAGAAGCAGAUAUUUCGACAAGGAUCGCACUGUAAAAUAUGUCGCUGCGACUCAUUUCGAGCCAACAGGUGCACGACAAGCAUUUCCUUGCUGGGAUGAACCCGCGUACAAAGCAGUAUAUAAAAUUGCUCUGACACAUGAGACCAAUUACAAAGCAAUUUCAAACAUGCCUGAGAAAAGCAAUACGACGGUGCAGAACAAAACAAAGACUGUUUUCCAAGAUACUCCAAAAAUGUCUUCAUACUUGGUGGCUUUUGUGGUCUCUGACUACGGCGUGAAGGAAAGUGGAUCUUUCCGAGUUUGGACAAAAUCACACGCUGUAGAUCAGGGUGCGUACGCGUUGGAAAUGGGCAAGAAGUUGCUCGACAAAUUAGACGCCUAUACAAAUAUUUUUUACUCCAAGAUUAUGCCAAAAAUGGAUCAAGUCACGCUCAAAGAUUUUUCACCGUCAGCUAUGGAAAAUUGGGGUCUCGUAACCUAUAGAGAGAGCGCUCUUCUUUACAAGGAAUCUGAAACCACGCUUCGUACCAAACAAAGUAUAACUACGAUCAUAGCUCACGAAUUCGCGCAUCAGUGGUUUGGAAAUUUAGUCAGCCCGAAAUGGUGGACGUAUCUCUGGCUGAACGAAGGAUUUGCUACCUACUUCCAAUAUUUCAUUGCCAACGAGGUGGUUCCGGAAUGGCAAUUAAACGAAGUACGUGUCGUGGACUCGAUACAAGGGAAUGCUUUCAUUGCUGACGCGGCGGAAAAUGUGCGUCCAAUGAACAAGGAAGUGAAUUCGCCUGAAGAAAUCAGUGGUUUAUUCGACAGUAUUGCAUAUCAGAAGGCUGGAGCGGUUAUUCGUAUGAUGUCAAGCAUUUUGACAGAAGACGUGUUUAAGGAAGGUUUAAGAAAAUAUAUCUCGGACAAUAUAUAUUCCGCUGCGGACUCGGCAGACCUUUUCAAGGCACUUGGAGCGGUUGCAAAAGGAACCUGGGAAAACGGAGUUACGUUUGAUGUACUUAUGGACGAGUGGGUGAAUAAACCAGGAUAUCCAGUGGUUAAUGUAAGGAAUAACGGUGAAAAGUACGAGAUCACUCAAGAACGAUUCUCUCUGUACGGAAAUAAAGAUGAUACAAAAUGGUGGGUGCCUAUCACUUUCGUCAAGCAAGCUAAUCCCAGGAAUUUCUCCACAACGCCUACCCACUGGUUGCAGCCAAAUAAAAAUUUGACAAUUGAUGAGAAGGAAAAAGACAAAUGGAUUAUUGUCAACGUCCAGCAAGCAGGUUACUAUCGCGUGAAUUAUGACGAAGAAAAUUGGGUAUCGUUGACGAAGUACCUGAGGUCGCCCGAUUAUAACAAUGUAGACGUGAUAAAUCGUGCCCAGUUAAUCGACGAUGCCCUAAACAUGGCUCGCUCCAACCGACUGAAUUACACUGUCGCAUUGUCUCUCUCGCUUUAUCUCAAAAAUGAAACAAACUACGUUCCAUGGCAAGCAGCCUUCAGGAAUUUGAACUUCCUGCAGAAUAUGAUGCGCACUUCCAACAAAUACAGCUUCUUCAAGAGUAGAUCUGCAGAUUUGCAUUCCUUUGCUUUACAACCUAGUCUUAAAGUCUUAAAGAUGUCGAGUAAAAGCUUGAAGAUGUCCAAAAGACGUCUGAACAACAUCAAGAUGUCUUUGAAACUCGAUGUUGCUAACUAUACAAACAACGACACUGACGUUACUAUACUCCUUAGAACAAACGCAAUGAAAUGGGCCUGCAGAGCUGGCGUUACAAAAUGCACAGAUUACGCUACAUCUGAAUUCAAAGAUUGGGUUAAACUUUCCAACAAAACACUUGACGUUAACUUGAAGAACAAUAUUCUCUGCGCUGGACUAAACGCUGCGGACAACGCCACGUGGAAUAAAGCUUUUGAAGAGCUGAAGAAAACCAUAAACGAAGAAGACGACAACAAGAGUGCAUUCUCCACCUUAACUUGUACCGAUUCGCAAGAUCGACUGAAACAAUACCUACUAUGGUCCCUUGAAAAGGAAUCUCCAGUGAGCUUCGAUGCCGCAGUCCAAGCCGUAGUGUCCGAACAUCCGGAAGAAGUUGACCAUGUCCUGAAUGUCUUGACCAGUGUAAAGGAGCAGAUAAGCAAACUAGAUAACAAAGACAGUGUGAUCAAAUCCGUGAUAGAAACCAUUGGAAACGCGAUCACGACUAAGGAACAGCACACGCAGCUGAGCUUCUUUGUCCUGAGCGAACAUGUGAAACCAGAACUCCUUCACAGUAGCUUACUGAGGGCAAUGAGAAAUAUAGAAUGGAUUGAUAGCCACAGGAAGACCGUUGAGGAUUGGUUGGUCGCACAUGAGAGUGAAUUCAACAGCGCAAGCUCGUUAGUGCUCUCGUCAUUCCUUCUCAUUCUCUCAAUAUUUAUUACGCGGUUUAAUUAAAACAAAAAAAAUUAAUUAAAAGCUGCUAGAAUUUCCGUUAAAGGAAGUUCCAUUUUAAACGUAUUCAACUUUAUCCCAUCGAGCAAACGAAUCACACGGAAAUGUAAUAAAAUAUUGACAGAAAUGUUAGGAUGAUCAUUCGUUUAAGAUAUGUUAAACAAAUCGCGAAGUUCGAAAAUUAUUUACAAGUUACCAUUUUUCAGUAUUUUCGAACGUAUUAGGGUGGUGCAUCUGAAAUCUACUGUUUUGCGUAGAGAACUUCGAGUGAAAAUACCUUUUUGCUUUUUCACUAUUUUAUUUAACGAGAAAAUGACGAAUUGACGAAUUUUAAGGUUCGGUGACAUUUUUUGAAUCGUUUGGUGAUCAUUAGACAUCAGAACGUUAGAAUUCAAUAAGAAAUUCGACGAACCGUGUUUUUCAUUUCCAAAAUUUUUGAAGCCAGGACGAAACUUUUUAAACCAAUUUCUGACAGUCCUUUCAGAGACGAUUCUUUUCCAUAAUCGAUCAUUUAUUCGUCCUGUUUUCUCAGCUGCACUAAAAGUUCAUCCUUGAACUCACAA